CACUGUAGACAGCAAGUUCAAAAGGCCCAGAGGUCCUUUUACUGUUCGCCGAAUGACGUCAUUAUUCUGUCAGUAAAGUUCUGCAGCAACGUGGUGAUAUCUAAGAAAUGGAGUACAUACCUGCCUCUGCAAGCAGUCAGGGGAAGAUACUAUGCUGUGAAUGUGGGACGCCCAUUCCCCCUAAUCCAGCAAGUAUGUGUGUUGCCUGCUUAAGAACACAAGUUGACAUUACAGAGGGGAUUCCUAAGCAGGUAUCUGUUCAUUUUUGCAAGCAAUGUGAAAGAUAUUUGCAGCCUCCAGCUACCUGGGUACAAUGUGCUUUAGAAUCAAGAGAACUUCUUGCUCUUUGUUUGAAAAAGUUAAAAGCGCCUAUAAGUAAGGUUCGUUUAAUUGACGCUGGGUUUGUAUGGACUGAACCACACUCCAAAAGAAUUAAACUGAAACUGACUAUACAAAAGGAGGUUAUGAAUGGAGCCAUUUUGCAACAAGUUUUUGUGGUGGAGUUUGUCAUUCAGGCACAAAUGUGUGAUGAUUGUCACCGCAUUGAAGCUAAAGAUUUCUGGAAAGCGAUAGUGCAAGUCAGACAGAAGACUGUUCACAAAAAGACUUUCUUUUACUUGGAACAACUGAUACUAAAACAUAAAUUACACCAAAACACUCUGCGUAUUAAAGAAAUUCAUGAUGGAAUUGACUUCUAUUAUGCCUCAAAGCAACAUGGACAGAAAAUGGUUGACUUUCUACAGUGCACUGUCCCUUGCAGGUCUAAAGCAUCUCAACGGCUAAUCUCGCAUGACAUCCACUCUAAUACAUACAACUAUAAGAGCACUUUCUCCGUGGAGAUAGUUCCAGUUUGCAAGGACAAUGUGGUUUGCCUUUCUCCCCGCCUCGCCCAGAGUCUUGGAAAUAUGAAUCAAAUCUGUGUGUGUAUUCGAGUGACUAACACUAUUCAUCUUAUUGAUCCUUGCACCUUACAAAUGGCUGAGGUUGAUGGUAGUACUUACUGGCGCUAUCCCUUUAGCAGUCUCUGUGAUCCUCGACAACUUCAGGAGUUUAUUGUGAUGGAUAUUGAAAUAAUCAGAGAUCAGAAACAAGGAGCUGGGGCUGGCAUACGGUCCAAUAAACAUACUCUAGCAGAGGUCUGGGUUAAGAAAACAUCAGAGAUGAAUACAAGUUUGCAGUAUCACUGCCGUACACACCUUGGGCAUCUUCUUAAUCAUGGAGACCUUGUUUUGGGGUUUGAUUUUGCCAAUGCAAACAUUAAUAAUGAAUUUGUGAACAAAAUGAAUCCUCAUCAUCUUCCUGAUGUGGUACUGAUUAAGAAAAGUUAUGAUCGCAGCAAAAGGCUGCAUCGAAGAAUGUGGCGGCUCAAAGAACUGGAAAGAGAUCGUGAAGUUAUGGAUUCUGAUAAUGAGGGGCAGUAUCAAGAUUUUCUUGAAGACCUGGAGGAGGAUGAAGCACUCAGAAAAAAUAUUAAUAUUUUUAGAGAUCCAUCUAAAAUACCAGUGGAGAGUGACACUGAUGAUGAAGGUGCCCCUCGUAUCUCUUUAAUGGAAAUGUUGGAAGACUUGUGCAUUUCAGAAGAUGCUACUGGUGGGGAGGGAGCAGACAUGAUGACGUCUUAAGAAUUGUUGUAUUUGCUGUCAGAAAAACAACAUUUUCCUGUGUAUAUUCAUUUCUGCAAAUUCUGAAUUUGGUGUAAUGUGAACCUUUGAGCCCCUGGUAAUUAUAAAAUUUAAGGAGUAAGCUGGAUUGUUUAUUACAUAAUAGUGCAUCUAAAAUUGAAUUAAAAGUCCUUAAAGUUGUAUUGAGUCUCCCAGUCAUAGUUGUCUUCAAUUUUUGACAAAUAGACAUGGUAUUGAAAUCACCAGUUUCAAAAUUGUACUGGAAAGGUAGAUGGCAGCAUUCUAAAGGGAUGUAAAUUAACCUUUGAUUAUAAUAUCACCCUCAGUUUUAAGUAGGAGAAUCAAGACUUCUUUUUGCUAAAAAAAAAGUUUCUCCAGUAGUCACUGUCUUAGAUUUAAGUGAUAAGAAAAUGUGUACCUUAGACACAUUACAUCAUAAAAUAAUUCAGUUUUAUUUUUUGUAAAUAUUCUCCGUUUAUACAGCAGAUGGCAGUAAAGCAGAGGUGUCCAUGGAAAGUUUGUUACACUUACCUCUCUGAAGUGGUCAAAAAUAUCUACACUUAUAUUGUAUUUCUUACAUCUAUGAUUAAAAAAAUAUGAAUCUGUCUAUACAAUUGUGAAAGGUUUGUCAAACAAAAAUGGCUGGUGUUCAAAAAAGAGCAGAAAUUAGGAAAUACAUCAUAUUGAUAGUGUGAUCUAAAGAUGCUUAAAGUCAAAAUCAUGGUCAGUUAUACUGUUUCAUUUGCUUACCUUGUAAUUUUAUUUUAAUUUUUCCUAAAUAGAUAUUCAGAUAGGAUUUUUAAAGUGAGGUGUGAAAGAAAAUUUGUAAAUUAUGGUAUAUAAAAAGUAAAAAUUUUGUCCAGCAGCUAGGAAACCUUGUAUAACGAAACUGCAAAAAGCUGCACUUAAGAGUAUACCUUUCAGUUCAUGUUGCAGUUGUCUUUGUGCUGUGACUGGAACAAAGGCCAAAACUGUAACAUAUGAUACAGUAUGCAUGUUUUGUAUCUAAAUACUGUAUAUGUAUAUUUAUAUAUAAAAUUGAAUUUCUCUUUUUUCAUUUCAGCAUUGCAUGAAAACCACUGUACCCAUUUCUGCAAAACCUGGCAGUCGUUUCUAGUAUAAGCUGUCUAUUACAGUAUUUAGUAAAUGUGUAUGAUUUUAUAAAGACAAAAAUGUCUAUUUGCAUUUGCACCCCCCCUUUAACCUAUGAAACCUGCUCUUUUUUUCUUUCAAACCUAUUUAACAGUGAAAUGUCACACAAUCUCCCUUCAGUUGAAAUCCUGUCAAUUUCACAGAAAAUAGAGAUUAUUCAGCCGAUUAAGUUGUAGUAACAGCUGCUUCUACCCAGUUAUUGAUUAAAUUGAGCAUUUCAGUAGGUAUCAACUAAUUAUGUCUGAUGAAACGGUCUUCCCACAGUAGAAAAGUACAAAUGCAUUUUCAAAACAGGACUGUUAAACCUGAAAAUCUGCAGUACAGAAAGUACAGUAUUUUUGUGGUAACAACCACUGUCAGACCGUAUUUUAUAAAUCUGUGGGGAAAAUAUGAAAUUAUUUUUAAAAAACAUGUUAGAAGGUAUGGCAAGAUAAUCCCUAUCUAAAAGAAUUGUUUGCUUUUGUUCUUUGAAACAAUACAAAUCUUACUUAUCAACUAUGCUA